UUUCAUUAGUUUGUUUUUUUUUAAAUAAUUAUGUUAAUCAACAAUUCAAAAGUGAUGGCUGAUUUUGAUUAUUUAAUUUUCAAUAAAUUUUUAUUUAUUGUUACUUUUGUGAGUUUCAAGUGAUUUCAGUGAGAAUUGUGGGUUUUUCCUUCUUUAACUGAGGGGUACCAACAAUUUUGUCCACGUGUGUACUGACUUUUCUCACCCGUUGUGCCAAGUGGACCUUAACUGUGUAGGUGUGCGCUGGCCGCCGGGUGAGCAUCAUGCCCGUGCUGGCCGGUGUGAGUGACUUUGAACAGCUGGCACGCUGUCAAGCUAGUUCCUAGCGGUAACUGUUCAGUGGAGGAAGCCGCCCUCGCCGUGGGAAAGGAGAUUGGAUAUAACAAUGUCAAAUCAGCCUCCCGGAUGAAUGGAGCGAUUGUGAUUUUCUUGUCCAGCACAGAGAAAGUUGCGGAAGCGGUGGAAAAAGGCGCUGAUAUCCAGGGCACAUACACACCUGUGCUUGGUGAGUCCUGCUAAGCGAAUCAUCAUCUCCAAUGCUCCACCGUUCAUUAGAAAUGACAUUUUAGUGAAAGAACUGUCCCGUUUUGGUCAAGUUGUGUCUCCAAUAAAGAUGCUGUCGCUGGGCUUUAAAUCCCCGCUCCUCAAGCACGUCAUCUGUCAUCGCAGACAAACGCUGAUGGUACUACGGGACAAUGAAUCUGAUCUUAAUGUUUCAUUUAGUUUCAAAAUAGAUGGCUUCAACUACAUGGUUUUCGCUACAUCAGAGACUAUGAAGUGUUUUGGGUGCGGUGCAGAGGGACAUUUAAUCAGGGCAUGUCCAGAGCGAGUGGAUGGCAAUGCGCCCGUGCGUAAUUACGCACAGGCUGCUGCUCCUGCAGCGGCCUCCGACGAUCCAAGUGUGGCGGAGCAGGUCACAGAGGCUGAAGUAGAUGAUCCGGAUGUUGUAGCUGCUCCUUCUGUAGAGCCCACGGACGCACCAUCGGGCCCCCCGCCUGCAGUGGCGGGUUCGAGUACAGACCUCUCCAUCGACGUCGAUCUCUCUCUCUCUCUCUCUCUCUCUCUCUCUCUCUCUCUCUCUCUCUCUCUCUCUCUCUCUCUCCCUCCCUGUCGCCGAAUCCUCCAGAGGCCGUGAAACCCCCUGAAUCCCCUCCUAAUUCCUGUACUCAGUGCCCCCCUGGAAAGCCUCCAUCUCUGUUCAGCUAGUUCGUCGUUCCUCCCUGCCUGGAUCAUCUACAUCUGCCCGCUCCGUCCUGCCGGCACCAAUCCUCCUGGAUCUCCGCCCCAAUCCAACUCCGUUGCCGCCAGGGAUCCAAAUACCAUCAGCCGCCACACUCAUCCCCCUCCACCGGACCGAAGACGGCCGCCGAUCCCCGGCUCACCAUCCUCGGAACCGAACUCAUCUCCAGAGUGGAGCAGCAGAACUCAGAGGUUCCCAGAGCUCAGUCUGUCCAGCAGCUUCACCUGGACUCCAUAUUCAUGCUGCUGGAGGACAACAUGGUGACUUUUGUGAAGAAGGAGCUGAAGAAGAUGCAGAAGCUUGUGAGUCCAGAUUACCCAGAAUGCUCCUCAGAGAGCCAGAGGGAGGAUGAGGAGGAGUUGGAGGGUGAUGAUGAAGAGCAGAGGAGCAGCAGAGAGAUGUUUGAGCAGAUCACAGUGUUGUUCCUGAGGAGGAUGAAGCAGGAGAAGCUGGCUGACUGUCUGCAGAGCAAACUUGCUGCUGGAGUUUGUGGACGUGAACUUAAACGUGGUCUGAAGAAGAAGUUCCAGAGAGUGUUUGAGGGCAUCGCUAAAGCAGGACAGCCGACCCUCCUGAAUGAGAUCUACACAGAGCUGUACAUCACAGAGGGAGGGACUGCAGAGGUCAAUGAUGAACAUGAGGUCAGACAGAUUGAAGCAGCAUCCAGGAAAGCAGACAGAGCAGAAAGAAGCAUCAGAGCAGAAGACAUCCUUAAAGGGUCACCUGGAAGAGAUGGACCAAUCAGAACAGUGAUGACACUGGGAGUGGCUGGCAUCGGGAAAACAGUGUUAACACAGAAGAUGACUCUGGACUGGGCUGAAGACAAAAGCAACCAGGACAUCCACUUCAUGUUUCCAUUGACUUUCAGAGAGCUGAAUGUGCUGAAAGAGAGAAAGUUGAGCUUGGUGGAACUUGUUCAUCACUUCUUUAGUGAAACCAAAGCAGCAGGAAUCUGCAGCUUUGAACACUUCCAGGUUGCGUUGAUCUUUGACGGUCUGGAUGAGUGUCGCCUUCCUCUGGACUUCCACAACAAUGAGGUCCUGACUGAUGUUAGAGAGUCCACCUCAGUGGAUGUGCUGCUGACAAACCUGAUCAGGGGGAAGCUGCUUCCCUCUGCUCGCCUCUGGAUAACUACACGACCUGCAGCAGCCAAUCAGAUCCCUCCUGACUGUGUGGACAUGGUGACGGAGGUCAGAGGGUUCACCGACCCACAGAAGGAGGAGUACUUCAGGAAGAGAUUUAGAGAUAAAAAGAAGGCCAGCAGCAUCAUCUCCCACAUGAAGAAGUCACGAAGCCUCCACAUCAUGUGCCACAUCCCAGUGUUCUGCUGGAUCACUGCUACAGUUCUGGAGGAGCUGCUGAGAAGCAGAGAGGGAGGAGAUCUGCCCAGAACCCUGACUGAGGUGUUCAUCCACCACCUGGUGGUUCAGACCAAAGUCAAGAAGAUCAAAUAUGAUGAAGGAGCUGAGACAGAUCCACACUGGAGUCCAGAGAGCAGGAGGAUGAUUAAGUCUCUGGGAAAACUGGCUUUUAAUCAGCUGCAGAGAGGAAACCUGAUCUUCUAUGAGUCCGACCUGACAGAGUGUGGCAUCGAUGUGGAAGCAGCCUCAGUGUACUCAGGAGUGUUCACACAGAUCUUUAAAGAGGAGAGAGGACUGUACCAGGACAAGGUGUUCUGCUUCGUCCAUCUGAGUGUUCAUGAGUUUCUGGCUGCUCUUCAUGUCCAUCAGACCUUCAUGGACUCUGGAAUCAACCUGCUGGAGAAACAACAACAAACAACAUCCUGGUGGCCGACACUGUUCAGUGAGAAAGUUGAUCCAAUAGUUUUCUACCAGAGAGCUGUGGAUGAGGUCUUACAGAGUCCAAACGGACACCUGGACUUGUUCCUGCGCUUCCUCCUGGGUCUGUCACUGUCGACCAAUCAGAAUCUUCUACGAGGCCUGCUGACACAGACUGGAAGUAGUUCACAGACCAAUCAGAAAACAGUGGAGUACAUCAAGGAGAAGAUCAGUGAGAAUGUGUCUGCAGAGAGAAGCAUCAAUCUGUUCCACUGUCUGAAUGAACUGAAGGAUGUUUCUCUAGUGGAGGAGAUCCAACAGUCCCUGAGAUCAGGACGUCUGUCCACAGAUGAACUGUCUCCUGCUCAGUGGUCAGCUCUGGGCUUCAUCUUACUGUCAUCAGAAGAACAUCUGGAUGUGUUUGACCUGAAGAAAUACUCUGCUUCAGAGGAGGUUCUUCUGAGGCUGCUGCCAGUAGUCAAAGCCUCCAAGAAAGUUGUACUGAGUGGCUGUAAUCUGUCAGAGAGAAGCUGUGGAGCUCUGUCCUCAGUCCUCAGCUCCCAGUCCUCCAGUGUGACAGAGCUGGACCUGAGUAACAACAACCUGCAGGAUUCAGGAGUGGAGAGUCUUUCUGCUGGACUGGAGAGUCCACACUGUAAACUGGAAGCUGUCAGGCUGUCAGGCUGUCUGGUCACAGAAGAAGGCUGUGCUUCUCUGGCCUCAGCUCUGAGCUUCAAGACCUCAAAUCUGAGAGAGCUGGACCUGAGCUACAACCAUCCAGGAGACUCAGGAGAGACGAUGCUGAGAGCUAAAGUGGAGGAUCCACACUGUAGACUGGAAACUCUCAGGGUGACGCCUGCUGGAGUCCGAUGGUUGACACCAGGUCUGAGGAAGUAUUCCUGUCAACUCACAGUCGACACAAACACAGUAAACAGAAAACUCAAAUUGUCUGACAACAACAGGAAGGUGACAUAUGUGAUGGAGGAUCAGUCGUAUCCUGAUCAUCCAGACAGGUUUGACUGGUAUCAGCUGCUGUGUGGAACUGGUCUGACUGGUCGCUGUUACUGGGAGGUGGAGUGGAGAGGAGGGGUUUUUAUAUCAGUGAGUUACAGAGGAAUCAGAAGGAAAGGAAACAGUUAUGACUGUUGGUUUGGACGUAAUGAUCAGUCCUGGAGUCUGUACUGCUCUGAUGUUGGUUACUCUGUCAGACACAAUAACAGUGAAACAUUCAUCAGUUCCUCCUCAGUCUCUGACAGAGUUUCAGUUUAUGUGGACGUUCCUGCUGGAACUCUGUCCUUCUACAGAGUCUCCUCUGACUCUCUGAUCCUCCUCCACACCUUCAACACCACAUUCACUCAACCUCUCUAUCCUGGAUUUGGGUUCUAUUCUGGUUCCUCAGUGUCUCUGUGCUGAGUUGAGUCUCCAGUCUCCUCCUGGUAGAGAAACAGUGUUGAACAGAUAGUUGAGUCUCUCCAUGACUCUGUCCCUCACAAACAUGUUUUCACAUUCAUGGAUUAAAUGUGUUUCUUUGUCAAAUCCUUCUAAAUGAUUCCUUGUAAACUUGUUCCUCUUCAAAGAUGGAAGUUGUGAUUAUUCCAGGAGCCAAAUGUGGUGUUUGCGUCUUUUUCCAGUCAAAUGUUGAGAGUGAAAAUCAGGAUGUGGUGUUCCUCUGACGCUCACUUGAACUAAAAGCAUUUGAGCUGCACAAAGUGUGAAAUGAGAGAAGAAGCAGUGAAUCUCCAAACUGCUGACAGACUUUCACACAUUAUUGUCCAGUGAAAAUCAGCUUUUUUGUGCAGCCACACUUGAUCCUGAUGUGAGUCUUUAAGUCCUGUUCUAGUGAUGAAAUGAGAACUUCCUUCAUCUGUAUCACUCUUUCCAAAGUAUUCUGUGCUCUUCUGUCAUUUAUGUCUUAUUGAUAGAUCCAUUUUUCAUUUUUACAUUAAAUAAGUGCUUCAAUGUUUUUUCAUCAGUUUUUUUUUCAGAUUCUGAAUUUCUGGUUUCAUCAACAAAUUCUACCAGAUGUUAUUUUUCCAUCAAAGCUCCCAUAACCCUAGCUAUCUCUGGAUAAAAAUGUUUUCAGCAUCGAUAUGAUUCCAGUAGAAUUUAAACCCACCAGGACUUUCCAGAUUACAUUGAACUCUGUAAAUUCAACAUUUUUUAUCCUGUUUAUUUCUAUAAAUGUUGUGUUUGGCCGUUAAAGGAGGUUUUCCUCACAUUGUGGUGUAUUUGAACCCUUUCAUGGUCUAAAUUCUUUGAACAGAUCUUGUGCUGUAAUCAAUGUCUAACUUAGUUUUUAUUUUCAUUGCAGUGGUUGAUUUUUCCUGAACAAGAUCAAUGAUUUUAAUACGUCUUUCUCCACUUUUAUUUGCUCUGCCUGUGGCUUUUAAACUAUUGUAACUUUCUUUUUUAUUCAAUAAAUGACUAAUAACACA